AUGACUGCACUCAGAACUUCGAACGUGCCCCCGAUCUGGGACUUUAGAGACUCUCUGUUCCGGGCACUGGCAGCAGCUUACGCUGCGUUGGGCGAGGACCUGUUCCGACGUGAGUUGACGAGCAUCGCGGCUUAUUACGGAGAAGGGGCAACAUUCUCUGAGAUUGAGGACCUCUUUACAAAGCAUGUUCCAGCAGAAGCAGAGCUACUCAAAACCGAGCUGGCUAGUCGCCGCAGCGGUGGUAGAGAGACACCUCCCAAGGGUCCAGCACAAUCCCGUCGUCCACCUUUGCUCAACUUCGACGACGAGGAUCUAAGUGUCUUGAGCCCGAGAGAGGUCGAUGUUUUGAAAGCUCGGUCUAAAAGUUCGAUCCAAGAACCUGCAAAGCGUCUUCAAAUCAUCAAUGGAUCGUCUCGCACAUCGCCGGUCGGAGAUGUACCAACGAUAGGGGCCAUGGCGCCCCCAAUAGCCACAACAUCUCGGGUUGCAGCGGAUGUAAUUCAGACGGGACCAUGGAACAUCUAUGAUACUGGUAUCCAACCUCGUCUUAGUCAGGCGAGCAUUGCCCAAACUCGAAAACGUCGGUUCUCAGAGGUGCAUGAUUCAGUGGAGCUCCAGACUGCAGAUGAUCGUCGCCCAAGAGCACCACCAAGAUCUGAAUCCUUCGGCUAUGUUACGAGGAAUGGUGAAUACCGGUGUGCUCUUUGUCAGAGGCAACUACCCAACGAAAACGAUCUGAAGCUGCAUGAACAGAUCAGUAGAGAGCAUACACGCAGUCUCAAGGACCAGAGAAAGGUCACUCUCGGUCGUGAGAGAUUAGCCCAUCUCGCCGCACUAUCAGCCCAGGUCUACACUGCGAAUCCUUCCGUGCUCGGUCAGCGUCUGAGGAUUCAUAAUCUGCUCGUAUCAAGUCCGGAUGCCGCAGCUGCUGAGAUGGUGAAAAAAAAUGGCAACCGGCAUGAACCUGACCCCAGCUUGCGCCAAAGUCAGGACCGUCAGGCUUCUUCGACAGACAUUGGCGAUGAAGGGCGAUGGCAUCCCAACACUAUACCAGCGACACAGAGCGUUGAGAGCACAACCUCCGCAUGCGUAGCUGGGAGUUUACAGACUCUCUACCAGGGUAAAAGCCGUGCCGAUUCGCUUAUGUCUGCAUCAGACAGUGCUCCAGCUCCAGAAACAGCACCCUCGCGGACAGCAGGAAUAAAUACAAGGUCCACGACUGCUCGGACUGAAAUCGGAACUCUCAACACUCCUCAGAUCCUCAACGGGGUCGAACCCACCAGCACACAGCAGCCUCAACACAACUCCGAGAGCGGAGGGGACGAGAAGGCAUCUGAAAUCCCAGAUAGUGUCACCGCCAAGGACAUUUCGCGUUUGAUCCAGCUAAAUCUCAAAUUGCUGAACGUUUUCCAGAAAUCCGCGUCCGCUCGAGACAAUUCAUCUCCUCCUUCUCGCGAGAGGGCGCCUGCAAGUGUUCCCGACGACAGGUCUAGACCUGGAAUGAUGGGUAUCAAUAACAGCCCAACUUCAAACUCUACUGUCCCCACAACUAUGGUCCUGGAAACGCUGCAUCCCGCAGCUUCGUGUAACGGUCCGAACCCUGGAGGCAGAAAUUGUACGCAGAGGACGAUAUCUGCGCCGGGGAUUGGAGUUCACCUCGGCAUCAAACGUGGAGACGCGAAAGAAAACGGCAAAAAGAAGGAUGUCGGCGAGCCUAUUUGUAUGAUUGUUCUCGACUAG